AUGAAUGAUGCUGACCUCCCCGGGAACUUUUAUCUGGUUGAAGGGCUGGCUACACCACUUGUUGUAGCAUCCAGUGUGGGGUAUGCGGAGCUUGUCGAAACUCUCCUGCAACAUGGUGCUGCAGUUGAUAUGACAGGCUUGGAUUGUCUCACCCCGCUGAUGGCUGCAGCUAGCGCAGGCCAUACGAAGGUGAUGGAACUUUUGCUCGCAGGUGGUGCGGAUGCCAGCAUCCAGCGUGAUGGCCGAGGAUCAACAGCACUGGAGCGGACUGCGAGGUGGGAUCAUACGGCUGCUGUGAGAUUAUUACUGCAGUUUGACCCCGAUCAGAGCAGUAUAUCAUGGGACAUAGCUCUUGCAUACGCAGCGGAACAUGGUAACAUUCAGAUGGUGAGGAUGUUUCUGGAUGCUGGUGCGCGUACAAGUGUCAAAUACGCCAGGUUCCGUCCUCGUCUGCCGCUCAUCUUCUGCGCCGUGGAUGGGGACCAUCCAGACGUUGUCAGCUUGCUGCUGGAACGGGGUGAGGAUAUUGAAUGCCGAGAUGUCGCUGCAGCAACACCUCUCAUUCACGCUGCAAAGAUGGGGAGCCCAAAGGUUUUGGAGAUGCUUCUUCGGCACGGCGCGGAUGUUAAUGCAAGAGAUAGGAAUGAUCGUUCACCACUCUAUUGGGGGAGGGGUACUCUUGAAAAAGAGAUGGUGGACAUGCUGUUGGAAUAUGGUGCAGAAUUGGAACCUCACCUUGGCUCGUGA